AUGGACAUGCCAAGAUUAGUAGAUAGGAGCAAGAACCUUGUGAUCAGAUUGGCUCUGCAUGGCUGUACGAAUAGACCAUUCUUCCAUAUCGUUCUGACACGAAACAGAAGUCCUAGGAAUGCUAGACCCCUUGCUCAGCUUGGAACCUACGACCCCUUGCCGAACACAAACAAUGAACGUUUAAGUGGGUGCCUACCUAUCCAUCCACUCACUUAUUUAGCAGCACAUAGAGCUACAAAAAAACUCUCAAAAUCUGCCGAGGAAUCAAGUACAGAGCCUGAGAGUGAUAAUGAAGAUGUGUGA